GUCAGCAAAUGCCAGCAAUCCAUUGUACUACUGGACUGCUGGCAGGAUUGUUGGCAGCGAUCUUUUUCCAAUUACCUGCUAAAACGAGGCAUUAGACGACAAAGCUUCCGGUUUAUUCACAUUUUUUUGUUUAGGCUCGCCGAGACUAACAUCGGAUCACUUCGCAAGAGGCUAAGCGUUGGUCUUGGCAGACAGACAGCAAUCCACCUACACACGUCCAUGAGUAAUACAUGUUCGUGGUCCAUAUCUCUGUGGAACACCUAGCAAACGGAAAUCGAAACUGAAAGUAGAAAACGGACUGAAAAACACGCCAGCUUUGCGCCAAUCUCAGGUGAUUUCAACAGAAGCGACCCUGUGGCUUUAUAAGCCAGUAAUCACCAUCAGCACUCCAGCACUCGUAAUUUGUCGAUUAUGAGGUGGUAUCUGUUGCAGUGGCGUUUAGUAAUGUGAACUUACAGCAACUGAUCGUAAAAUACAGCAAGUCAUCUGCAGACCCUAAAUGAGAUGAGGCGAAGACUCCGCUACUGCAGACAGGCUUCCGAGUCAUGGAGUGUUCUGGCAAGCUGGAUGGCCAAAUAUGUGGCCUUGUUUUGACACCAGACAUGGAUAAGUGUACAGGCUGUAGGGUAUGUGGAACAAGUGUUGAGGGAGGCGAGAAUUCUUGUGCUUGUUGCAGAAAAGAAUCGAACACUGACCGUUCCUUGGUAGAAGAGCAACAAAUGAUAUGUCGUGGUAAGAAUACAGAUGGGCAGCCAUGUGGUAACCUGUUCCUGCCAAGCGAUCUGUUUUGUCCCAUAUGUCACACACCUGCAGAAGAACCUAGUUAUAAAAGCCCUCCACAGAUAGAAUGUCAAGGCAAGAAGGAAGAUGGAACAUUGUGCAGAGAACUUCUGAAACCAAACUUCAAAUUUUGCCCAAGUUGUGGAAGCAAGGUUGAUAUUCCUCAUCAGCAUGACCUUGCUAGAGAAACUGGAACUCAGUUUUUGAAAUUAAGUGACACAGAAUCCAAAAUUAAUAGCAAGAGAGCAGCACAAGAGUGUGAAGCUGCAAAUGAGUCAACUUCACCUGUAAUGAAAAAGACAAAAACUGGAGACCUAAACAAUGAAGAAGAUAAAACAACUUUUCAGACACAGGGUGCAGCAGCGUUCAUUGAUACAGCACAAGAGUGUGAAGCUGCAAAUGAGUCAACUCCACCUGUAAUGAAGAAGACAAAAACUGGAGACCUAAACAAUGAAGAAGAUAAAACAACUUUUCAGACACAGGGUGCAGCAGCGUUCAUUGAUACAGCACAAGAGUGUGAAGCUGCAAAUGAGUCAACUCCACCUGUAAUGAAGAAGACAAAAACUGGAGACCUAAACAAUGAAGAAGAUAAAACAACUUUUCAGACACAGGGUGCAGCAGCAUUCAUUGAUACAGCAGGACCACAUUCAGUACAGAAUGAGGAUACAAUUGACCAAAAGAAAAGCAGACGCCAAAAAAGGAAUGAAAAAAAGAAGCAGGAAAAGGCAAUGAAAAAAAUGAAGUUAGAGAAUGAUAAGACCAAUCAAAAACAAAAGAACAAUACAAAGAAAGUGAAAGAAUAUAAAGGAAAGAAAGAAGAACAAAAACAUGAAGACAAUAAAAAGAAUAAAAACAAAGAAAGUGCAUACUGUCAAGAACAGAGUGCAAAAUGUUCUGAUACUUUAGUCCAUGCCUCAGCAGAUGAUUGUGAAGACAAAGAGAGGAAAAGGCAAGAAGAUCCACAAGAGGAACAGCUUGAUGACAGCAGACUUGGAAAGAAUGGCAGGAAGAGCCAACCACUUUUUGCUCAAUAUGCUGAUGAAAAGUUAAGGGAUACAUUUUCUGAUAAGUCCUCAAACAAAGAGAGAAGUUCACAGAUUGCAAGAGAGAUAUCAAGAAUGAAAAUGGCAUCUGAAGAAAGUUGUGGAAAUGCUGAUACUAACAGUGAAAUGAACCUUGUCACGCCAGUUAAUCCCAGUAAGGCAGCUGUAAAAAUAGUGGUGCCACAAGGGGAUUCUAGAUGUUUUAAAGAUAGUGAGUUAUCUUCCGUUCAUGAAGAACCAGCACAUACUUCUGACAUCAAUGCUAAUAGACCAUCUACUUCAGCAGGUGCAACAACGCAGCAGCAAACAAGUUCCAAAAAAAGAGAGAAACAGAAACAGAAAAGGAAAGACAAGAGUGCAUCAAGCACCAAAGAGAGCAGUUCACAGAGAAAUGAUCUGAGUGGUUCAAGUGGAAGUUCUUUGAAAGAAGGCAGUGAGAAACAACUUACAGAGAAAGAUGAAGGCAUAUCUGACGCUUUAAAGAAACAUCCAGAAGAAAAAUCCGAGGGUAACAAGAAUAGGUUGCAAGGUGCAGAAACACGGAGUUCUGCUGUAACAAAAGACUAUGUUACAGUUGUUUUCCAUGUAAUCAUCUCAGAAGAAUUUUCUCUGGACACUGAAAAGGAUGCUGUUCUAAUAAGAGGUCAGCCAGAUGAUUUAAAUGCAUGGAAACCUAGUGGAAAUCCGCCCGCCAUGACUUACGAGAGGUACACUGAUAUUGGAUGGCUAUACAGUGGAAAAGUCAGGAUGAGGAAAGAAGUCAGAAACAAAGGAUUUCCUUACAAGUAUCUUGUAAAAAAACAUGGAGAUAAAAUAUUGUGGGAAAUGGUUCAGAAAAAAGAACAAGGAAACCAGAGACCAGAAGUUGUCAACAGGUUGUUUCAACUGCACAGAGAAAACUUGGGGUCAACAGAGGAUGUACACUGGUAUGAUGGUGUUGCUUAUCCCUUUUCAAUUUCAAACUGGCAAAGCAAAUUAUUCAGAGGAUUAUUUCGAUUUACAACUUUGUCUGAACAAGUGUGUAAGGAAGCACUGUUGUCAGGAAAAGAGUUUCUUCCACUUGCGGAGACUAUAAUAAAAACCAUUCUUAGCCACAACAAUACAGCAGAGUAUUACUUGAACGAAAUCAAUACAGUCAUGAGCAGUCUCAGUCAGCAUUUGCUUGAUUACAGUCUUCGUAAACCUGAUCCACAGCUUAGAGAGAAGUGCCUACUAGAACACUUAGUGAAACCUUUACUUAAUGCAUUGUCAAAAAAGACCCCACAAGCUUUAAGUCUGGCAAUGUUUUUGGCAAUUUUGGUAAGACACUGGAGGAUAACUAUUGACGCUCAGUCCAUAAGCAUCUUGUGCCAUGCCAUGUUGCCUUCCCAGAACAUGGAAACAAGAACAUGCCCUGAUCUGGAUGCCCUUUGCAAGAGCUUCCCAAAGUGGAUGAAGGAAAACCAAAAAUACUUGGGAGAGACUGUAGAGUUUCUGAUUAAGCAGUCUUGCAAAGGGUAUCCAGCGGAUUCUUCGUGGUUGCACUGUGUGCCACUGCUUCAUUUCCUUAAAGAUGGAAUCAAGCCUUUUCAAGAUUUGAACCUUUCUGCCUCAUAUUUGGACGAUGAAUGGUGGGGAAUUAAGCAUUUUAUUGCAGAGAAAGAGAUUUUCAAAAACAAUUUCAGAGGGACGAAGUUUCCUUCUGAUGUCAUCGAGCAUCUGAAGCCUAAUCUACAAGCAGACCCUCUUCUAUCGAGAACACUGGUUGCCUGUUUGGACUUCCAAAAUGUGAUGUUUGUGUUGCAAAGUGGAGAGAUUCCACUGGAUGUUAUUGCUGCAACCCUAAUACAUCAUAUUAAUCACGAACGAUAUAUCUUCUUGCCAGAAAAAGAGAGUCUUGCUGGUUUGAUGAAGAAUGUGUGUGCACAGCUUGAAAAAAACCUAGACAGUCAAGAGUCCGUGCAUGGGCCAGGAAAUGCAAAGGGUCUGGCAGAACUACUUUGCAUGUUACAUCAUACUGUUUUUUUCCAAGAAAAACAUCACAAGUUUAAAGAAGAACUAUUGCUUGACACCACUCUUGCAGUGUUUUUAAUUCUUAACCAAGUUUCUGUAUUGGUUGAGAAGUCACAAGGAGAUGACCCCACUACUGAAUUUAAUAGUGAUAUUUCAACUGUUGUCAAAGAUGUCUGCCAAUGGAUGCAUAGAUGUCAGAGCCUGUGCACACAUCAAGAAAAUCUACGCUUGCAUUUACAGAGGUGGGCAAUGCUGAUUGGUGCAGCAGACAAAAUCUUAUGCAAAACGCUGCAGCAAAGAGUAAAAGAAGACAUCUCAAAGAACUUCCAGGAGGAACUUGAAAAGAUGAAUUAUGAACACAAGUUGGAGGUGUUUUUGAAGAUGCAGGAUCAUGUGGUGCCCUCCUUUGUUGGACUCUUGCACACUCUUGCUAUGGAUGCACUAGGAGAUGCAUUUAAGAAUGAGUCACGACAUUUGGAAGCUCAAGAUGGUCGUCUAAUAAGCCUUAUGUCUACAUUUUUGGAAAGGACAUGGCAGGAAAAGGUCCAUUCAGAGGAUGAAGUGUUGAAUUUUAUAACAACUUGGCAGCCUAUGAAAAACUACCUUCAGAAAUUUGAUAAUCAAACCAAAUUGGACACGCUUGGCCCCAGUGCUGUCAAGUACAUUCAUCAGGCUCAUGAGUGUAUUGCUAAAACUCUUGGUCUUCUGCUCGAUGGAACCAUCCAAAUUGGAACCCUCCAAUUUUUGAAAGCUCAUAAGGAAGAGUUUUUCAGUUGCGUUACAGCUGUAAAAAGAGAUCAAGCACACACAGAGAAAUUGCUUAGUCUUCGUGAAUAUGAACUGAGAGCAUUCACCAAAGCAAGUGAACAUCUUGUUGAGCUGUUUAACUGCUGUAGCGAUUUUUUACAGACAGAUGAUAUGCAAGAAAUUGAAAGAAGAUUGAAAAACAGUCAUAUCACUGCAGUGAGUUCAUUGAGUGAAGUGACUAAAGUAGCAAAACCUGAUGAAGUGAAGAUAUUAAAUAACUACAGACCUGUAGUCAAUCCUUGGAAGCUUCCUGAUAGCAUUAUUGAAGUGCUUCCUCAGGUUGGCAGAAAAAUGUCCUCUGUGAUCUUUUGUAAGAUCUUUUCAGUGAAAGCAGAACAGAUGAGGGUUAAGAAUAUGAGCUUUUGGGAAGCUUUCCAGUUGGUGUGGAGUGCUGUUAUCAAGGAGUGGGAUCUCUUGUGCACUGAGUUAAUUAAUGGCUCCAUCACACUGCAGAAAAUAAAAGAAGUUUUCCACACAUUCUACAGUGAUGGAUGUGAUUACAGAUAUCCUAAUCUGAAGAAGGAAUUAGAGGACUUUGUGGCUGGAGACAACAAGCAGUGGGUGGAGGAAAGAAUAAUGCAGUUUCAGUGCUACACAAAAAUUGAACAGCAUGUUCAGGCAGCUGAAACCUUGCUGGACUUCAAAGAUGCCCUCAACAUACCCGAAAGGUUUGAUGACAUGGAAAAAAUCUGCAAACUGAGUCAAAAUCCAUCUUUGAGAAUAAGCGAUAUGAAUCAAUCCGUUUUGGAACUGUGUAAGAGCUUGAAAGAUUUCCAACCCCAAGACAUUCAUUGUCUGGCAGAGUUCACCACACCAACAUGCACAAAGUUUGUCACCUGGCUCAAAAAGACUAUGAAAGGAGGUCUGAAGGAGCUGAAUGUCUUUGUGGACCUGGCUUUUAUCUCAGCUGGUGAAGAGCCCAUGGCCAUUGAUAGAGUGAAUUUCUUGCAUGCAGCAGCUACAGGGUAUGCUCCUCUCAUUUUCACCGCCAUCACAGACUGUGCCACACUACUGAAGCAGUGCCAAAUAGUCUUUAAAAAUAUAAAAGCAGAUCCUCAGCUGCCUACAAAACUGCGUGACACAGCACGCUGCUUACACUGGUUUAAGCAUGAAGAACAGUCACGUGGAUCAGUGGAAAAAACAUCACUUUCUCAAGUGGGAAGCAUCAAUGAGUGUGGAACCUUUGAGAUUGGCAAUGCUGAGAAACAUGGACUGAGCCUCUCUCAGGUUAUCAGCCUGCAUGUACUGGGAGAUGAUGAGAGUGGAACAACAAGUCGCCGCUAUACAUAUGAAGAGUUGAAGGAUCUCCAGAGCCGCUUAAUGCUUGUGGCUGGACAGGCAGAAAAGGGCAAAGUGAAUGUAGAUCGUUUUAUAAAUAUAAUGGACAGUCUUGUGCGCCUGGGGAAGACCUACAUACAGCUGUGUGCAGAUGGCUGCAUCCUCUUCCUUAACUGGUCUAUCAGAUUACUGUGUAAUGUGAAACAGACCGUGUGUUGCAGUAUGGUGUUCUCUGGACAGCCAAUGCUAAAAGGUUGUCGAAACCCAGACACCCAUGAAGACGUCGAGCAAUUCAUUGCUGGGGUGGCAAACUUCCUUGAAUAUUGCCAUGAUGAGUGGCUGCAGUAUGUGGAUCAGAAGCGCAGGGAGUACUCAGACCUGAACAUCUUUACAGUGGAGCAGCUUGUCUUCCUACAGCAACAACUGGUUAAAGUCGGCUCAGACGACUUGUCCAGGUUUGUGUUUCCAAUGUUGUCACUACUGAGGGCUGGCUGCAACAUGCACCAUCUUGAGCAGGCCAUUGAAAAAGCAAUUGUCGAAAUAAAAAGCAGGUUGUGUACCCAGGAAACAAAACAGAUUUCACAGCGGUGCUCAGAGAGCCAAAGUGCAGCUGUCAGCAAGUCACAGGAGAAGGUGUUUGUACAAAAGCUUAAGGAAGCAGGAUUUCCCACAGUACUUGCCAUAAAAGCUUUGAAAGAGGUUGGUUCCACAGAUGAAGAAAGAGGUCUUAUCUGGUGCACGCAACAUGUGGGGGAUAAUUUUGAAAGUGAUGAAGAUGUUGAAAGUAAUUCAGAAGAAGAAAGCAACCCAAAAGCUGAAGAAACAGAGUUACCUGUGGACGAAAAAAUGCAGUAUCUUUUUACUCGACAAGAUCGAAUAGCUGACAGCACUGUUUCAUGGCUUCAGGACAUAAAAACCAGGGAUAACUCCAAUGUGAAAUCUCUAAUCAGCAAUCUGAAGGUUUUAUGGCAAAAUUUCCUGAAGAUUGUAUCAGCCAGUGGUUCUGAUUUUCUAAGCUUGGAGCACCUGGGCAUCAUUCUCAAGCAUCUUGCUCAUGAUGAUGAAAGACAUUUUAAAAGGUCAUUGCCUCCUGAGUUUAAAAGUGGCAGUCCAAACUUAAUCAUUUGCCCAAGAAGUGAAGUCUUAAAUGUAGUAACUUACGCAUAUACAUUCCAACAAGCUGAUGAUCAACCACCUCUACCACAGCCUGAUGAAGUGCUCUUGUGUACAGAGGACACAAGUGUAGAGGAGGUGGACAUAUUCCUGCGACGAGCUUUCUUUUCUAAGCAGCAUAAGAUAUACUGCAUGGCUUAUGCUGACAUCCUGGAUUAUGAUGUGGGAGAAAAAACAGAGAAGAAGAUACAGCACUACAGCGGCCAGUCAGAUAAGAACUACUGUCUAGCAGUUAUUUGCACCACUGAGAAUGAAUACAAAGCUCGCAUUGUAGCAGCCCUGGAGAAAUAUAGAUGUCUAACACCUUCUCUGAGCAGCACAGGCUUUGUGCAAAAGUUCAUUCAGCUACGCUUCAAAGGAUUGCUAAAUGUUGGUGGGAUACAAUCAGCUUCUGUCUUGGACCCUGAGAGGCUGUGUGUGAGAGUAGUCAAGUCCCAAAGGUCAGGAGUUGGCAAAACUUUGUACAAGCAAAGACUUGUCGAUCAGCUGCCACAUAAAUGCCAUCUACAUACUCGGUCAGAUAGAAGUAACCUUUCAGUGACCAUUCCUCUACACACACGUCAAGUCCAGACACAAGAUGUUGCUGCCAUUUUGCUGGAACACACCCUUGAUACUGGAGUUGUCCUUCCUCGCAUCAUUCACCUGGACAUUUCAUAUGCGGUGCAAGAAGGAAUUGAUCAUCUUUUGUACAACCUACUAGUGCUGGGUUGUAUCAAGAGCAAGGAGGGCAAGGUGUGGCUCCGCUCACCUAUGGACCUGUAUUUGGUGGAGACCAUAGCUUUGAAGGAUCAACAGAGAGACAAAGUACUUGUUCAUCACAUCUUAGAUAUCCUCCCAAGUCUGACUUGCUGGUCUCCAGUGGAAAGCUUGGCUAUCAUGACCGAGCCCAAAAAAGUGCAAGGUUAUCAGGUAAAUGACAGACUUUUUGAUGACCAGGAGUAUAGAAGUGAGGUUUUUCAGCGACCUCUCUACUACCUUCAUUGUAUGGACACACAGCAACAGCCAAUAGCUUUCAACUCCUCAUCUAAUCUUGCUGAUAAAAAAGAUUGCCUCAAAACGCUGCUCAGGCACUGUGGCGUUCAGAAUCCCUCCUGGUCAGAGUUGCGCCAUUUUGUUUAUUUCCUGAACAAACAGCUACAGGACUUUGAGAACUCUGUCUACUGCAGCAUGGCCACAAGCCAGGAUCUGCCUGGCUUCUCCCUCUUUGUCCUACGGUUUCUCAUACAGAUGUCAAGAGACUUUGCCACACGGUCUCUGAAGAUGAUGGAGGAAUCUCUGUCAGCACUUGUGAGACCAGAGGAGUCAGGAACAGACAUCGAACAGUAUGAACUGAGGCGAACCUGGGAGAGCAGCCCUCACCCUUACAUUUUCUUCAACCCAGAUGCUAACUCCAUGACCUUUCUAGGCUUCUCCAUUGACCCCAAGAUGUUCAACUUGAUGGACCAGCAGACAGGCCAGGUGCUGGUCCAUAACAUCAUGAAUGCCGCUCUCUUUCAUUGUCUAAUCCUCAACAGAGUACCCCUGAUGGAAAACUUUGAUGUCUUGCCCAGAGAAGACAGAUUGAUGCGCCUUUACCGUGUGCUGGGUCUGCAUGAUGAAGAAAUCUUUGACGAUGAUGGCAGUAUCAUAGAUCCUGAUGAUACAUAUGAACUGACUACAGAUAAUGUAAAGAAGAUGCUGGCCAUUUACCUGAGAUUUAGAUGCAACAUACCAGUGGUAAUCAUGGGAGAGACUGGGUGUGGAAAGACAAGGCUUGUUGAGUUUCUUUGUGCUCUUCAGACACCAACCGAACAAUCCUCCACUAUGAUCAAAGUUAAGGUGCAUGGAGGAACUACAGGUAAGGACAUUGCAGAGAAAGUUUGUCUGGCAGAAAGACAGGCUGAGAGAAAUACAGCUCUAGCUCCACACAGACCAGUCUAUACAGUGCUGUUCUUUGAUGAGGCCAACACCACAGAAGCCAUUGGAGUCAUCAAGGAGAUCAUGUGUGAUGGCACCUUGUCUGGCAGGCCAAUUACUCUCAACCACAAUCUAAAGAUGGUGGCAGCCUGCAACCCUUACAGGAGACACUCAGAUGAGCUCAUCAAGAGAUUGGAGAAUUCUGGCCUUGGAUAUCAUAUUGCUGUCAACAAAACCACAGACAAACUGGGUCGUGUACCCAUGCGACACCUGGUAUACCGUGUCCAGCCACUGCCCCAGAGUAUGCUGCCCCUGGUGUGGGACUUCGGACAGCUUAACACUUGUGUAGAGGAGCUAUACAUCCAUCAAAUGGUCCGACGCUUUGUGCACGAAGGAAAGCUGAGUGACUUGGAUGAUCAUGAAGUCAACGUUUUGUGUGAGAUUUUGAUCAAGUGUCAGGAAUUCAUGAGAGCAAGACAGGAUGAGUGCAGUUUUGUGAGUCUGCGUGAUGUGACUCGAGCUCUGACAGUGAUUAGCUGGUUCCUGGCAUCAGCUGAAGAUGACCACACCCUGUUCGACAUCCUGGAUGAAGAAUUGGACAAAGCAGCAAAAAAUAAUGCAGAUGAUGAUGAUGAUGAUGAUGAUGAUGAUGAUGAUGAUGAUGAUGAUGAUGAGGAGGAGGAGGAGGAGGAGGAUUACAAUGCUGAAGUGGAGCUCCAGGUGUCUGACCUGACUAAAGCCCUGGUAUUGUCACUAGCAGUGUGUUACCGGGCAUGCCUGAACAGCAAGACAGAGUUUGACAAGCACAUAGUUGAGUACUUUCUCCCUCCAUUUGACUUGAAUGGGGACAAACAACAGCAGUUCUUUACAAUUAUAGACAAAUGUCAAGAUGAAUUUCUGAAAAAUGUUCACCUUGACAAGAAUAUUGCCCGCAACCAGGCGCUGAAGGAAAAUGUGUUCAUGAUGGUGGUGUGCAUAGAGCUGCGCAUCCCACUAUUCCUGGUUGGUAAGCCAGGAUCCUCAAAAUCACUGGCAAAGACUGUUGUGGAGGACGCCAUGCAAGGCAUGUCUGCACGUACAGAUUUCUUCAGGAGACUUAAGCAGGUCAAGAUGGUGUCCUUUCAGUGCAGCCCCCUUGCCACAGCAGAUGGCAUUCUGGCAACCUUCUCUCAGUGUGCCCAGUUCCAGAAGGGCAAGAACACAGAUACUUUUGUUUCUGUUGUUGUUCUGGAUGAAGUUGGUCUGGCUGAAGACUCCCCUAAAAUGCCCUUAAAGACACUGCACCCACUUCUGGAGGAAGGCUGUCCUGGUGCAGAUGAAGACUGCAGGAAGGUUGGCUUUAUUGGAAUCUCUAACUGGGCUCUGGACCCUGCCAAAAUGAACCGAGGAAUUUUGGUUCAGCGAGAUGUGCCAAAUAAUCAGGAACUUGUGGAAACAGCUAAGGGAAUCUGUACCACAAACAAUGAAGCUGCUCAAGCACAUGUUAGGCCACUGAUAAGGGACCUUGCCAGUGCAUAUUUGAAAAUUUUUGGAAUUGCCAAAGAGAAGAGAGAAUUCUUUGGACUUCGAGAUUUCUACAGCUUGGUGAAGAUGGUAUAUGCCUUUGCUGAACAAAGUGAAAGCCGACCUUCUAGGAAUCAACUGAUUGCUGCUGUUCGCCGCAACUUUGGUGGACUUGAUACCAUUGAUCCACUUCAGAUUAUCAAGGACAUGUUUCCAACUAGCCUUUCACCUGAUAAUACACAGCCAGAUGACCCAGACUGCUCCCCAGCAGGUCUCAUGAAAGCAGCUCUCAGAGGAGACAAUAUGGGCGGAGAGAGUCGAUAUUUGCUGCUGCUAACAGAAAACUAUGGGGGAUUCACAAUUCUCUUUGACAACUUGCUGGCUAAGGAACAGGUGGUGCCUAUCUUUGGUAGCAGUUUCCCUAAAGACCAAGAAUAUACCCAAAUUUGCCGAAAUAUUAACCGUAUCAAGGUGUGCAUGGAAAUGGGGCAGACCGUCAUCCUCUUGAACCUAGAGAAUCUGUAUGAGAGUCUCUAUGAUGCUUUGAAUCAGUACUAUGCCAUAUUUGGCGGAGAGCGUUACGUUGACCUGGGUCUUGGCACACACCGAGUGAAGUGCAGGGUGCACAGCAAGUUUAGGCUGAUUGUUGUGGCAGAGAAGCAGGUUGUGUACAAGAACUUCCCCAUUCCCCUCAUCAACCGCCUGGAGAAGCACUUCCUAACACUGAACAACAUCCUCACCGAAGAGCAGCUUGAGCUGACUGCAAAACUUAAAAAAUGGGCAAAGCAGUUUGCUGAAAGAGGAAAUCAUAUCCUGCAAAAUAAUAGAUCCAAACAGACAGAGGAGUCAGUGGAAGAUGUCUUUAUGGGGUACCAUCAAGACACUGCUGCAGCCAUCGUCUUGAAGAGUUGGGAAAAACUGAGUGUUAAUAAAAAACCCGAACCAUCAGAGGUGCUACAGGAAAGUAAAAAACAGCUUUUGUGGUGCGCCACACCUGAUGCAGUUGUACGAGCAAAGCAGGAGGAGUGGAGUAAAAUAUAUAACGAGGAACAACAGCAUAAAGAUCUGACACAAUACCUGCAGCAGACACUAGGCGAUAGUGCCUACACAGAAAUCAUGGCCCAGGUGACCACACAUGCCAAGUUGCUGACAGAACAGGAGAGGAAAAAUUUCUAUGACCACCUGCCGAUCACAAGUGCCACCUUAUUGUCACUUCAGUCAUUUGAUACAGAGCAGCAAUUUCGCAAGCAGCUGGAGACUUUCUUCAAGAACCAAGAGCAGGGCCAUAAAUUGCUGUUGGUACAAAGUGACUGUGGGGAAGGACAUGAGAACCUCAUCAAAUGUGCUCAAUACUGCCUACACAACAUGCGGCCAGCUAACUCAUCACAGCAUCAUGUUGUCUUCAUUGUCCAGCUUCCCCGUGUUGCUGGUGCCUGCUUUGCAGGAUUCUUGGGUGGUGAUUGGCACUGUCUGCACAUUGAUGAUUUACGUACCCCUGACAAACCCACGCCUUCUCUGGACCUGCUACAACGAAGUGCUCCAUCCAGACUGUUGAGACCUGAAAUGGAGAUGGAUGAGGAGAACAUCAAUAGACAACACUCAGAUAGACUUAUGAAACAUGAACAAGGUCUGGAGAUGACUUUCAGACAAGACCUGCUAACUUCAUGUCUCCAAGCUGCUGUGGCUCUUGUCAGAGAUCAGGGUACUUCCCGUGCCACCCAUCGCAUUAGCAUUCUCUUGAAGCUUUUAGUGCCAUCAAAUGAACCAGAGGGAAAUCAGUUCUUGACUGGCCUGUGCCACCUGAUCUCAAGCCUCAUGGAGCAGAAGGAGAAAACAAAGCAUGAAGUUAGAGACUGGCUUUUUAGGGAGGCUGCAAAGAUUGAGUCUGUCAAGAAGGCUGGCACUUUCAGGCAAUCCUGGAGGCAGUGCCUACAGGGAAAAGUCAUCCCAGUCAUGGCAGCUGUUAUUGCCUACCUGGACACCAACAACAAUCUUGACCUGUUGUACCAUGAUGGGGGUGACACCAGUGAUUUAUGGGUUCAGCACCUUUGGCUGAAGAUCUUUGUGCAUCAAGACAUUGGGCACCUAAAUUACAAGCGUAUGCAGUCCAUGAAUGGGAAGGAAGAAUUGGAGGAGUUUGUUGUGCACUAUGAAUGUCCUUGUGGAGCGCUGUUCUCAGCCAAGCUGCCAUUUUCCUGGAUCCUGUUACAGUUUGUGGAGAACGCUUUGACUGAAGUCUCCGAAAGUCUAGAUACAGUAGAGGCUUUUGUGGAAAAGUCAAGUAUUUGUAGCUGUAUAAAGACUGUGUUCUCAGACUUACCUGUAGAGAGAGAGAAGGUGUUGGAAUUGUACAUUUCAGAUUUGCUUCACUACAACUUUGCCCUCACUGACUGUCAGCACAAAGUUUGUUAUCAGAGCAUGAUGGCAGCACUUGCACAAAGUGGUCUGAACAUUCCAGAACUAGAGCUUGGUGCUGCAUUUGUGUGUCUCCACAAAACUUUGCAUUGCAUUAAGUCUCGUCUGCAUGACAUCAUAGAAAUGUCUGCAUGUCAACCCAGUGCCAUUGCAUCGCUGGUGGAUGUGAACAAUCAUCUGUUAAAUGUCAAGGAUGAAAUGACACAGGAUGUGGCAUUGUUAGUGCUGCUAGUUGAGAACCUCACACCUCAUCCCAGUCAGUUUGAAGUGGAAGAGGAGCGUCAGAAGUGGGUCAAUAGCUACAACAGUAUUGUUCCAAUCAUAACCCGAAUCAUCAGUGAAGCCAACACCAACAACAACUCCAUCCCUGAGACCCAUGGUGAAGAAAUGGAGCAGGGGGAACUGAGAGCAUCAAAUGGGAUCCCCCAAAAAUUGCCAUAUGGAAGGAAGUGCAUACAACAACUGAGAGCAAUCAGCUGCCAUUGGACACGUGCAUCUGCUGUAAAGAUGUUCUUGGACUUCACUGAACCCCUUAAAGAGAAACAGACUAAAUUGCAGGAAGCUCUGAUAAAAGAUAUUAAAUACCAACUACUGUGGACUUUGCUUGGUGAUGAUGCCAACCUAAAAACAAAGAAGACACUGGAAUGUGUAGACAGAUUCCUCAAACAUGCAAAUGGACAAGUAAUAAAGAAACUUCUUGGAAAAAUAGGGAAGUGUGAUUACUGUGAGUCUAAGAUGGAGUCGGCACCAGUCAAACUUCCAUGCAGUCACAACAUGUGCAGUAGCUGCUGGAGACUGGCUGACAACAUUAAAAAGUGUCCUCAGUGUGAAGAGAACAUACCUGGGGACUGGAGACAUGGCGACAACACAGACAGUAAUGCACGAUCAGAGUUAGACAGUUAUCAGCGACAGAUCAGUGGCUUUCUAAUGGCACUAGUGUCUCAGCUGUGCUUUGCUAGACAAGAACCUCCUGACCCUGAGGCUGUGGAACACAUCUUUGGAUACAUCAUUCAUGAGGCAAAAAAUAUGACUCUUCAGACCAAGCAUAUGACAGUUGUGACUGACCUCAUUGACCCCACACCUGUCUUGCGGUCCUUUUUGCUACGGCUUCUCUUAAAACAUAGAGAGAGAGAUGUGAUGCCUCAUCUGGAGGAGUAUUUCAACAAGUCCUGGAAGCUGCUGCAGCAACAAAUGGCUUCCAACCAGAGAGGCAGCAGCUCUUUACUGGAACUGAGUCUGCUCAUCAUGCACUGUGUUGAGGACCUGUACCAGGAGCAGGACGCCCAAAUAAAGAAAGCUCUGGGUGACUUUAAUGCUGAAGAAGAAGCAGUGUCAGUGUGUCAGAUUCUUCACUCCUUGCAGCUUACUUUAAGUGACACUCAGGUUGACCUUAACCUGAUCUUGUUAUUGGGACGCUUACGAUUCAUGCUGAAUAAAUGCACAGAUAUCAUCCAGACCACUCUUGGAGGAUCUUGCAAUCCUUGUUUGACUGCUGAAGUGAGAGAUUUACUAAUGGCAAUCAUGCGUCUGUGUCAACAUACAAAUAAUGACUGGCCUAAGAAAUUCUUGAUCAAGCAGCUGUGCCAAACGUUUGGUGUGCAGGCAUACCUAAAGCUAGCCUCUCUUGUGAAAAAAGAAAAAUUGCUGGACUGGUUUGCUGUGGAAGAAACAGAGGUUCAAGAGGUAUCAGACAGGUACCUUGUUUGUGACCCACACUACUUGGCUGUACGUGAAGGGGUGGCAGAGCUCAAAGUGAGUCAAGAUCAGGAGAUGAGCAGCACUAAACUGAAGCAGAUCCUAAAGAACACAAGAUUAUCAAACCAUCAUCAAGAAUUGCUCUUGCUGCUAGCUGUGCAUCGUGAGGUCACCAUGACCUAUCUACACCAAAUUCCUCAGCAAAGUUGUACAAACAUGGAGACUGUGGUCAGGACCUUUGUACAGAACAGUGGUGUUGUUCAAAACAAGGUUUUGGCCCAGCAGUUGUAUCAGAACCAGCUGGGUGCCCCUGGUUCACCCCUGUGCAUUCAUAAAGGACAAGACCUGGCUGAACAGGGACUGGUGUGCUUCCUAACUCAUCUGUAUAUUGCUCUGCACCAGCAGGAACAGACAUCACCCUUGUUACUUCCCCUGACUACUCUAAUCCAUCAGCCCAGUAUCAUGUCUAAUUCUUUUCUUCCAACAAUGCCUCAAGACAACCUAGAUGAGGUUCUUAAAGCUGUUGGAGACAACCCAGAAGUGUAUCAUUGUCCUAAUGGGCACAGAUACCUUGUCGGAGGGGAAGGGGAGUGCAAGAUGCCAACUGUGGAAGCUACAUGCAAUGCUUGUGGUGCAAAAAUAGGUGGUAUCAACCACAUACCUGCACAUCGUAAUGAUAUAGAUCAAAGGCAUGACCAAACCCAGAUCGGCCACAUUCUGGGACCUGCCCCACACCGUGCCAGAGAAGCUCUACCUGAGAGACACCUGUCACCUGUGGAUUGCGCCAUCUUACGCUUCUUGACUCAUGCUGUACUCUACUUGGGGACCAGAAACCCUAUCCAGGCUACGGCCAUUGCAGGAAUGAUCCAGCCACGAAUAUCUAUUUCACAACAAGAAGUGUGCCUCUAUUUUUGGAAUCACCUGGAGCAUGACCUGCAGGUUCUGUGCCGAGCUGUUGGCCGUAGUCCUGAUGAGGUCUACCUGCUUCUGCACUACCUAUGUCAUCAGCUGACACGGGACAACAAAGGUGCCAGACUGGUGGGUACAGGUCUUUUGAAAAGCAGGGAGGAGCGACUUCGCUGGGAGAGGAUGUUUGCAAAUGAGUUCAUCACACCUGUCAUUCAGAAACUAAAUGACAUCGUCAAGAAAGGCAACAAAGCCAUUGCUGCUGAUGACCGUCAGGCAGGAUACAGCACCCUUCUGCAGAUAGUUCAUGAGACAGAAAAUAUGACAUCAGGGGUAGAUAAUAGCCUGAAGGACCUGCCUUCCUCACCUGCAGUAUGGCGUUACCGUCCUGUCAUCACAGUGGAACACUUUUUCCGUGAAUUCCAUCUGCAGAUUGAGUCACAGCCAGCAGCACACAUCAAGUAUCCAGCCACCAGUCUUUUCAGAGCUGAGAGUCAUGUUCUGAGAGCCCUGCAUCAUGUGCCAGCCAUUCUUAAAGCUCAGCAUCGUCUCAUGGCUCAGCUGUGCCGACGUCUAGACAGGGCUGAGGCUGCCAACCUCAAAGUUUCUGAUUUCAUGAAGGAAAAGGAAUCCAAGGCACUGGAUGACCUCUUGCAGCCCUUCUGUGAUACUUGGGAGAUUGUCAAGGAGCGUCUUAUUACAUACCGCUGCCUGACCCCUAUGGAUGGCCUUGUCUUCCUGCCACAAGAGUUCCACAAUUAUGCCAUCACCAACGACAGUCCACUAGCUGUGCUGCUGCCAUCUACACGUGGCCCUGGACUCUGCGCCUAUGUCCUUCUCUACUACCUGCUGGUACAACACAAUGAAUUCCUACACAGCUACUGUAAACAGACAAAGCAGAGAUAUGAGAGUUUGCCAGAAGUGGAGGCACAUGCCAUUAUGGAAGGACAUCUUGUGGGUUAUGGAUCAGAAGAGUUGCUGCCCCUGGUACUGAGCCACUGUAACUACAGUUUGAAACUGGGGGAAUCUACAAACCUUGAGUAUGACUUUGAGGCUUUUGAAAGACACCUGAUACAUUCCUUCAUGCAGUGCAAGUCUCGUGUGAAACGACAUGAUAAUGGACUCAUAGAUCUGAAAACAAUGGUGUAUACAGCUGACACUACCAGCUCCCAGCUGUUUAAACAACUGAGAGAGAACAUAAACCAGGAAUCAUUAAGUCCUGGAGAGCGGCGGCAGAUCAUAGAAGAUCUUCGUAAAGAUAUCCCGGACAUCAACCGUUCUAUAGACAACCUCAACAUCACUCUGCGCUUUCUGAAGGCAGUACAUGCUCAACCAGGAACUAAACUGCAUAAAUUUAUGACAGAAACAUUGAGAAUGAAGAACUCCGUUUUCAGUCUAAAGGCCCGGCAGCUGUGUUGCUUGAAGCACAUACAGUCUCUGUGGAUUGUGUUGUGCCAUCAGCGUGCCUCUAUUUUGGCAGCCCACAAACAGGAGGCCUUUGACAGUGAUACUAGGCUACAAAAAGAAUUAACAGAAGGUCAGAAAAAAGAGGUCAAGGCCAUGUGUCAACCAAUGCCUGUGGAGCGUCUUGAACUUCUGUUACUGCAUCUGUUUGAAUGCAUCAUGCUACACCUGUCAGAACCUGUGGACCAGGAAGAUGGCAUCAACCCAGAAAACUUUGUGCUGCGUGAUGUGUUGGAGAGCAAUUUGGAAUCCCCUCUCUAUCAGGUGGAGCCGGUGGAGGUCAGGUCACAGCUUCUGACCUCACAGCACCUUAGUUCCUUCCCAGAGUCUCUCAAGGGCUGCCACUCUAAACAGACUUGGCUGUUGUGUCAUAGCCAGUUGAGAGCCAAACAAAAGCAGCAAUGCUGACCCUGGUGUUAGUGCUGACCCUGGUGUUAGACUCAGCUUUAUGAUGACUACAGUUCAUCUUUGCAGAAAACAAAUAAGGAGAAUGAACUCACUGUUUGGAAUGGACACUUAAAAAAAAAAUCUCUGUUUUAACUUUCUUUAUCAGUAUAUGGAUUUAAAAAUACAAAUAUAUUAUUAGCAUGUAUCUUCAUAGAGUUAUAUUUUUCUUUGCAUGCUGUAGUGAACCUUUAAAGCCAUAUGCUUGACAUUUUCAUAUUUGUAUAUUUCUUUUUUUAAAACAUUAUGAACGUUAGCAUAGAAUCAAAGUAAGGAAUCCUUUAACAUCACUUAUCAUGUUCCUUAUUGCAGCAAUCCUGCUGUUCAUGUGGCAGGAGAGAUAGAAUAUGAAAUUACACAAUAACUAACCAUACGGUUGGUGGGUUUACUUGUAUGCAUAAUUGUCAUCUUGAUUCCAAUCAAAUGACACAGAGAACUGUCAUUUAUAUUAUUGUGGAAACUAUAUUACAUUUUAACAUAAAUCUAUCCUUUUUUUUUUGUUUGUUUGUUGUCUUGUGUUAUUUAACCUAUAGAUUUAUAUGAUAUGUUGUAUAGUAGUAAAGAUAGUUGUAUUUUUUUUGACCCACCUUUUUAUUUUGUGAUGUCAGUCUUGUAUACUGUGUUAACAAUGUUGUCUUGAUCUUUUGUGGUGUCGUUGGUAUUUUUUUUUUUUUUUAUCUUUUGAGUUUCUAUUCUGAUAGGAUUUAUAAUUUUAUAACUGAUUUUAUAUGACUCUAAUACAUUUUUGAUAUCAUAAUAGUAUUCCACCGACUUUAAGCUGGUUGACAUUUUCGUUUGGUUAUGGUGUCUUGACAUUAUAUUGCUUGAACCUUCAAUAUGUGAGACAUUAUAUAAUAUGAUCUGUUAAGCUCAUUUUUAUACUUUUUGUCUUUUGAUGUUUCACCCUUUCGCAUAAUGUCUGACUUGAUGGUAACAAUGUUACUGUGACUUUUAACUUUGUUUGACAAUAUUGUGUGACUCUUUACCAUGAACUUGUUAUUUAACUUUAUUUAUGUUUCUUUCUUUGUACUGACUUUACAAUGUAUGAGCCUAUCUUUCUGACUUUAUAUUUACAAAAUGAUGAGCAUAUAUCUGUGACUUUGUCUUGUAAGAGAAUUCACUAUAGGAUCUUGACCUUUUUGCUUUGUUUGGCACUGCUAUUUUUCCUUGCUUUUACAGCUUUUAAUGGAGACCAUUCCUAAAACAUUUACUUAAUCACAUUUUUUGGAUUUUUUUAAAACAUUGAUAUAGUUUUAUUUAAUUUUACAGUAAUUGCUUACCAACUCAGUUUUUAUUUCCAUGGAUUUGUUUCAGUUGACUGUGUCACUUGUUUCUUAUCUUUUAUUGCACAUGUUCCAUAAUUUGAAAUUUUUAAGUAUUUGCCAGCUGGUGCGUUUUAAUUUUAAUUUUUAAAAUGUGUGUUUGUAUCCUAUGAUUCAACUUUUGCUGUAGAGGUUCACUUUAUUUCCUUUGUUUUUUUUAAAGUUUGGUGUAAAAUAUAUUGUGUGCUCUUUGAUUUCAAUAUUUACCUAUACCCAUUCUAUACAAAUUUGUCUUUACUCUUUGCUUUGAAAUGUUUAUCUGUUAUCUUUGCUGUUUUAGCUUAGACUUUCAUAAAUUGGUUUAUUGCACUGGAUGCAAGCUUUGUUUUAAAUCUCUGAUAUUCUUUAUUUCAGAUUUGGAUCAAUUGGUUGUUUAUUUUUAUUACAUGCCUGUAAUUCUCAACAGGAAUGACAGAUUCACCUAAAAAAUAUAGAAGUAACUGACAGCAAAUAAUCUCCAAUGUUUGUAAGAAAGUAAUGAAACAAAUGUAAUGCUAGAAUGUUGUCAAUUGAUUAUGAUUACUGUGUACCAUGAGUAUCCAAACUGGUUUUCUGAGUAAUCAAGGCAGUUAAUGCAUCCAAGAUUAUACCUAUCCAGGCUAUCUGUCCUUUUGGAGCUAUUUGGCAGAAGGGUUGAGGAAAUCCAUUUUUUAAUCAUCAAACAGAGGAUUUUGUUUAACCUGGUAUUUAAUUGUUCUUAUGCUUACGAAACAUUUUGUUUUAAAGGGAAUCGGUCUUGUAGUCUUAAUUAACUUUCUUAAUUUGAAUAUUUUUCCUUUUUCCUUCCUUUACACCCAAUGUAUUUUGUAUGUGAGCAAACAUAGCAGAUCUUUUGCUUCAUUAAAAGUAUAUUCUUAAA